UACAUCUGAACUGGAUACCAUCACCAUUGAUUCGGCGCCGAAGAAUAUCGUGGACAGUCCCUUCCAUGAAGCAAGAUGGCUGAGCCAGAUCGCAGAUCGUCCCUUUCGGGACAUACAGUGAAUGAUGUGGAUGUCAACAGCACUCUGCCAACAUACAAGAUCGAUAUCGGAAAGAACCAGCCUGAAGAUGACCCGAUUGAGAAACGAGAAGAUGCGGCAGUGGAAACGAAAGAAACGACAACCGAAGAAGAACAAUACCCCGGAGCCUUUUCCCUCACGUUUAUUGUCAUAGCCCUCAUCCUGGCCAUGUUCUUGGUCGCACUUGAUAUGACCAUUGUCGCCACGGCGAUACCAGAAAUCACAGACCAAUUUCACUCCCUUGAUCAGGUUGGUUGGUACGGUUCGGCUUUCUUUCUGACGCUGGCGUCAUUUCAAUCGACUUGGGGUAAAGGAUACAAAUACUUCACGCUGAAGAAUACAUUCUUGCUGUCGAUUUUCAUAUUCGAGAUUGGCUCCUUGAUAUGUGGUGUUGCUCCGAAUAGCACUGCCCUGAUCGUCGGCAGAGCCGUUGCUGGUGCUGGAGCCGCAGGCAUCUCCAGUGGCGUGUAUACUAUCAUCGCUUUCUCGGCACCUCCACGCCAGCGGCCUGCGUAUACCGGUAUCCUUGGGGCAACAUAUGCGGUUGCAAGUGUCGUUGGUCCUCUUCUUGGUGGGGUUUUCACAAGUAAUGUUACUUGGCGGUGGUGUUUCUAUAUAAACCUUCCCAUCGGUGGAGUGAGUGCGGCAAUCAUUGUGUUUCUCUUCAAAAACCCCCCAGCUGCCCGCCCUGCCCAAGCAAGCUGGAAAGAGAAGCUCCUACAAAUGGAUCUCCCAGGCACAUUCACUAUCAUGGCAGCUGUCGUGUGCUAUCUGCUUGCUCUCCAGUGGGGCGGUGUCUCAAAGGCCUGGAAUAGCAGAGACGUCAUCGGGGUUCUUGUCGGCUUCGGAGUCCUCGUGAUAGUCUUCGUUAUUAUCGAAUGGAGGAUGGGUGAGCGAGCGUUGAUGCCCGCACGAAUCUUGAAACAGCGCAACAUCCUCGUCUGCUGCUUAUACGUCCUCUUCGUGGUCGGACCGAUGUUCAUCCUGAUUUACUACUUACCCAUCUACUUCCAGUCGAUCAAGAACGUUUCAGCAUCCGAGUCGGGAGUUCACAAUGUUCCCUUCAUCCUGACCGUCAGCAUCUUCACAAUUAUCUCCGGCGGUCUGAUCACUGCCUUCGGCCAAUUUGGCUAUUUGAUGAUCAUCGGCUCUGUGAUAGCAACCAUUGGUUCUGGGCUCAUCUAUAUGUUUGACAUCAACACCGGACCAGGUAAAUGGAUCGGAUAUCAGAUUGUUGCCGGUGUAGGAACCGGACUGGCAGGUCAGAUCUCAAUCAUCGUGAACCAAGCCUCUGUCGAACCGUCCGAUCUUGCCACUGUGUCCGCAGUGACGCUUUUCCUCCAGACCAUCGGCGGUGCAUUCUGGGUAUCAGCCGGCGAGUCAGCCUUCAUCAAUCGGCUGGUUCAGAAGCUACCCGACACUGCACCCCAUGUGAACCCGCAACUCGUUGCUGCUGUUGGUGCCACCGAUCUUCGCAAGGUGUUUAGCCCUGAGGAUAUCCCCGGUAUCCUACUGGCAUACAUGGACGGCCUGAAGACUGCAUUCAUUCUGGCUAUUGCUCUGGGAGGAGUCAGCGUCAUCGUCUCCUUGUUUCCUCGAUGGGUCAGUUUGAAGGGCAAGGCCGUUGCAGGCGGAGCUGCAUAAAGGGCGUUUAAUUGGUAAUGAAGGCGCAUAAUAACUAUAUCCGGUAUAGAGAAUUUCACGUCAGCA